AUGGGGAAUAACCAAAGUUCGCUGGACGAGCUCUACGCGUGCGAAAGUCAUCAGUGGUACAGGAAAUUUAUGACGGAAUGUCCAUCGGGACUUCUGACUUAUUAUGAAUUCAAGCAGUUUUUUGGCCUGAAAAAUUUGUCGGAGACUUCGAACGCAUACGUCCAGUCGAUGUUCUCAACCUUCGACAUGAAUGACGAUGGCUUUAUUGACUUCAUGGAGUACGUAGCAGCCCUGAGUCUGGUAUUGAAAGCGGGUGUGGAGCAGAAGCUGCGCUGGUACUUCAAACUGUACGAUGUUGAUGGCAGCGGCUGCAUUGACCGUGAUGAACUGCUCCUCAUCAUAAAAUCCAUCCGUGCCAUCAGCGGGACAGAGGAUGAGAUGUCUGCUGAGGAUUUCACCAACAUGGUGUUUGACAAAAUUGACGUCAACGGCGAUGGUGAACUUUCCUAUGAGGAGUUCAUGGAGGGCAUCCAGAAUGAUGAGAAUCUUCUGGAGAAAUUCACAGAGAGUCUGGAUCUCUCUCAUAUCGUCACCAAGAUCCAUGGAGAGUUGGUGACAGAGUCAUAGACCAUACAGCCCAAA